GUUAAUUGAUACGAAAAGUAUUUGGGGGAUUAAUGUUCCAAUGCAGAUGCAGUUUAUCAACAAUUGGCCGUAUACCUUCCGUGCAUUGUUGAGUUCGAUCAUGAGUAUUUGAUAAGGUCUCUAAAGUCCUACUGACUUAAUAACGUUUGCUGUGUUUUAUUGUAGAGGCCAUUAUUGAAUGGUGGACUAUCUAAUAACGUACACAUUUGUGCAUACAUAUGUUGUUACUGCAACAUUAACAGUAUAGUGUGUGUCUGUGUAUAAAACCUCUAAAUUAUGUCAUCAUUCACACUGUCGCAAUAUUGUCACUUGCGAGUCAGUUAAAGUAACCAGUAUAAUGUGACUAGAAUAAUGGUUACAUUCUAAAGUGACGAGAGUUAUGUUGUAACCAUAAUACUGGAUAACUCUUCGUGCCGAUUGUAAUGUUAGGGUAUUAAGGUGUGUAUUUGGCGUUAUUUGGAGCUGUUUUUUUUAAGAAUGGCGAUUAUGCGCUUGUUCACUCUCACAGUUCACGGUGCAUUUUAUGCUGAAACAUCACCAGGGGCACUGGCGAGUUGGUCUUCGGGGAAAAGGGAAGAAAGAAACCUGACAUUCUUUGUUUUUGUACGUGGUAGGGGAGGGGUGUGAAUUACGCCUUGACCAUUUCCAGUCGUCAGCAAUUCUUAUAAACGAAAGUCCAUGUCGCCUCAGUUCACCAACGUCAAAGCUGGAAUGAGUAUAAUGCCAUUGCCGUCUAAACUUGUGUUGGUAGCGUAUAUGCUUUAAAACCCCUCCUGGACUGAACAAAGAUAUAAUUAGCAUAUUUUAGAGAAGCCAUGGCUGACCACAUGAUGAUGCCCAUGACCCACGGAUCGGCAGGUGGCCUUCAUGGCUACCGGAUGGGCAUGAACGGCGCCCCCCAGCACGGACCCCCCUCCGGCCUACGGAGCCUCCCUAACGGCCAGGUGAUGCACUACGGCCGCCCCCCACAGGGCUCCAUGGACGUGGGCAUGCGUCCCCAGCCUGGCAUGGUCGGCGGACAGAUGAACGGACAGAUGAACGGCGGACCCAUGGGAGGUGGGCACCACCACCCGAUGCAGAACCCUGGCAUGAUGUAUGCCGGGCAGAGUCAGCACCCUCAGAUGCAGCAGCAGCAACAGCAUCAGCAGCAGCAGCAGCAGCACCAGCAACACCAUCACGUGCACCCACAGAGCCAGCAUCCCCAGCAGUACAUGACUCCUUCCCAGCAGCUGAUGGCCAGCAUGCACCUCCAAAAGCUCAACAACCAGUACCACGGGCACCCGCUGGGUCCCAUGAAUGGGAACCACAUGAGCGUCAAUGGGGCCCAGUACCGCAUGGGCCCGGCCCAGCUGGCCAGCAUGCAGCACAUGGCGGGUCCGGCGCUAGGCCUGAACGUCAUGGACACGGACCUGAUCGACGAGGAGGUUCUGACGUCGCUGGUCAUGGAGCUGGGACUGGACCGCGUGCAGGAGCUGCCCGAGCUCUAUCUGGGACAGAAUGAGUUUGACUUCUUCUCGGACUUUGUGUGCAAGCAACAGCCCAGCACUGUCAGCUGUUGAGCUAAUCUGGGGCUGUCUAGCAGGUGACGAUCAUCCUGGUUUCUGUUGCUUUUGUUGUUUUUUUUUUUUUGUUGUCCUUUUUGAAGGGGGCCUGGUCACCACGGCAACAACAACACCACCACCACAGCACAACUAGAGGAGGAUGCUGUUGCCUCUCUCCGGGGCCUGUGUGGUGUAGACAUGUUGCACCACACACACCACCUUGUUUAAAUGUGCAUGUGUGUGUGUGUCCAUGAUCUUUUGUUUUUCGAGAGAGCUCAAACAAAACAAAUGGAGGAGAAGGCCUUUGUCUUUGAAUCUGCCCUUCGGGACUGCCUCUCCUCACUAUGGGGUCCUCGGCUGAGCUGGUCUCAGUCCCAGGCACUGGAUCGUGAGGUGGCCAGCCCUGCCUUGUCCCCAUUUGCCCCACCUGCCCCACGGUGCCCAGCCCCUGGGGUGGGUCGGCACAGUUGCCUGAUCUCCACACGAAUGAAUGUAGACUCUCUCUUAUCAUGGAGUGAAGAGGCUGCCAAGAACAAUGCAAAAAGACACUUGCCUGGCUGCCUCUGCCCCCCCCCCCCCCUCCCCCCUCCCCUGGACUAGUAGAUUCUACGGCAUUUAGACAUUUAUUUAUUUAUGACUCCCACCAAAUAGUGGACACUUUGUGACAAUGAAUGGGUAUGUGUAUUGGGGUAGUGAAUUGAAGGCAGGCACUUCAAUAAGUGAGUUUGACCAUGCCUCCCAUUUGUUUAAACCUGUUCUUGGCCCUGGUUCGGGCCUGGCCUGGCUUGGUUUGCUAGUGUGUGUGUGUGUGUGUGUGUAUGGGAUUUAGCUGUAUUGGUGUCACGUGAGAUGGGGAAAGUGAUACACUGUUUAUAUGGUCAUUGUUUUUAUCUCUCUAGUAUGACUUUAAAGGUGAUUCCGAAAUGACACGUUCUAUUUUAAGUUAAAAAAAGAAAGAGGUUAGAGAUAAAAUAAAAAAACACAUAAAGCAUUCAGCUCAAUGCAAUAUAUCAAAUGUUCAUGUUUUUUUUUUCUUCUCUUCGACUGGUAACUGAAUUAAACCAAAUCAAUUCA